AUGUCCCUCUUCUCCCCAAACAACCUCUUCACACCCACCCCUCCCUCUCCCCUGCGCCACUUCCUCCUCUCACCCACCCACUUCCUCGCCCAAUGGCUCUACACGCACCAACCCCCCCUCACCCCUCCCGUCCCCGGCUCCCCGCCCCUCAAACUCGUCUGCAUAUCCGACACGCACAACGCGCGCCCCGUCCUACCCGCCGGCGACAUCCUGCUGCACGCCGGAGACAUGACGAUCAACGGGAGUGUGAAGGAAGUGCAAGCGCAGGUCGAUUGGAUGAAUAGUCUAGGAUAUGCGGGGACGGUUGUUAUAGCGGGGAAUCAUGAUGUUUGUUUAUCCCGCGCGGAGAAGGGGAAGGCGGAGAUCAAUUGGGGAAAGGUGGUGUAUUUGCAAAACGAAUCGACGCGGGUGAGUGUGAAGGGCAGAGUCGUAAAUAUCUACGGCGCGCCGCAGACGCUGAGGUAUGGGAAUUGGGCGUUUCAGUAUGAGCCAAGGGAUGCUGAUGUUGUCUGGGCGAAAUCUAUACCGCUUGGGACGGAUGUGUUGAUCACGCACUCCCCCGCGCGUGGGCAUGUUGAUGCCAACUUAGGAUGCAAGGCGUUGUUGCAAGAUAUUCGGAGGGUUAGGCCGCGGAUGUUCGGGGUGUGGGGAUUGGCGUGGGUGAGGUUUUGGAUGGGUUGGGAGAAGAGGGGGGAGGUUGUUUGGGUCAAUGCUGCGAUGAGGGAGGGGGGAAGUGAGGAUGAGGGAUGGGUUGUUGAGAUUUGA